UUCAGGCGACAACCACAAGGGGAAAAGGAGAAAUGACCGAGCUACACUCUCUUCUUGCCAAGGCUAUCAUAUCAUCCAUGGCGAAGCAAGCAACCAUGCUUCUUCACAUGAAGCUCAUCAGCAUCUACCUCCUAGUGCUCUGCGUGGUCGGAGCCAACGAGCUUCUCGUCGUCGCAGCCAGCGGCAACGACGGCGGCGGCGGCCGGUUCGUCUACUCCGGCUUCGCCGGCGCCAACCUCACCCUCGACGGCACGGCCACGGUCACGCCAGCCGGACUCCUCGAGCUGACCAACGGCACGCUCCAGCUCAAAGGCCACGCGUUCCACCCGACGCCGCUCCGCUUCGGCUUCGGCUCCGGCGGCGGCGGCGGUGGCGAUGGGGUGGUGGUGAGGUCCUUCUCCGCCUCGUUCGUGUUCGGCAUCCUCUCCGCCUACCCGGACAUGAGCGCCCACGGCAUCGUCUUCCUCGUGUCACCCACCACCGACUUCUCCGCCGCGCUGGCCAGCCAGUACCUCGGCCUCGUCAACGUCACCAGCAACGGCGACGCCCGCAACCGCAUCUUCGCCGUCGAGCUCGACACCCUGCAGCAGGACGAGUUCCGCGACAUCAACGACAACCACGUCGGCGUCGACAUCAACGGCCUCGUCUCCCUCCAGUCCACCAGCGCCGGCUACUACGCCGCCGACAUCAACGGCGGCGGCUUCAGGAACCUGACGCUGAUAAGCCACGAGGCGAUGCGGGUGUGGGUCGACUACGACGCCGGCGACGCCCGGAUCGACGUCACCCUGGCUCCGCUCGCCGUCGCCAAGCCCGUCAGGCCGCUGAUCUCCGCCGCCUACAACCUGUCGUCGGUGAUCACCGACACGGCGUACGUCGGCUUCUCGUCGGCGACGGGCUCGUUCAACUCACGACACUACGUUCUUGGCUGGAGCUUCGCUGUGGACGGCGGCCCCGCUCCGGCGAUCGACGUCGCCAAGCUGCCCAAGCUGCCACGGGAGGGCCCCAAGGCUCGGUCCAAGUUCCUUGAGAUCUUCCUCCCAAUAGCAUCUGCGGCCGUCGUCCUCGCCAUGGGCAUUUUGGUCAUUCUACUUGUGCGUAGGCGGAAGCGGUACACUGAGCUACGCGAAGAUUGGGAGGUUGAGUUUGGGCCGCAUCGGUUCCCCUACAAGGAUCUGCACCACGCAACACAAGGAUUCGAGAGUAAGUGCCUGCUCGGCGUAGGAGGGUUCGGAAGAGUGUACAAGGGCGUGCUUCCGAAUUCUAACGUGGAGAUUGCUGUCAAGAGGGUGUCACAUGACUCGAGCCAGGGCGUGAAGGAAUUCGUCGCGGAGGUUGUCAGCCUAGGCCGUCUCCAGCACUGCAAUCUCGUGAGGUUACUUGGCUACUGCAGACGGAAGGGUGAGCUUAUGUUAGUAUACGAGUAUAUGUCGAAUGGGAGCCUCGAUAAAUAUCUGCAUGGCCAAGACAACAAGCCAACUCUAAGUUGGGCUCAGAGGUUUCAGAUCAUCAAAGACAUCGCAUCGGGUUUGCUCUACCUUCACGAGGAGUGCGACAAAGUAGUCAUCCAUCGAGACAUCAAGGCAAGUAACGUGCUCCUCGACAACGAGAUGAACGCACGGCUAGGUGAUUUCGGUCUCGCCAGAUUGUACGACCACGGCGAAGACCCACAGAGCACGCAUGUCGUCGGCACAAUAGGAUACCUGGCUCCAGAGCUGGGACGAACCAGCAAGGCGACUCCACUUACCGACGUAUUCGCCUUCGGGACCUUCAUCCUCGAGGUCACAUGUGGACGAAGACCUAUCUACCAUGACUCCCAUGGCACCCAGGUUAUGCUGGUUGACUGGGUGUUGGAUCAUUGGCACAAACAAUCUCUUGUUGACACGGUUGAUCUGAAGCUCCAUGGUGAGUUCGACGUUGGCGAGGCUUGCCUGGUGCUCAAGUUGGGGCUCUUGUGCUCACACCCGUUCAUCAACGCGAGACCAGAUAUGCGACGAGUGAUGCAGUAUCUGAAGAGAGAGGUGGCUCUGCCUGAGCUGAUGCCAACCAGCAUGAGCUUUCACAUGCUUGCACUGAUGCAGAACGACGGGUUCGACUCGUAUGUUCAGUCAUAUCUUCUUCUUCUUCUCCUGCUCUCCCUCAUCCUCAACCUUGCAUCCCCGACCACCGCCGCUUCCGGCGACGGCAACGGCGACCAGUUCAUCUACUCCGGCUUCCAUGGCUCCAACCUCACCGUCGACGGCGCCGCCUCCAUCACACCGGACGGCCUCCUCCAGCUAACCGACGGCGCAGCCUACCUCAAAGGCCACGCGUUCCACCCAUCUCCGGUGCGCCUCCGCCGCGACGUCUCCACGUCCACGACGACGACCACCGUCCGCUCCUUCUCCGUCACCUUCGUCUUCGGCAUCGUCUCCGUCUACCCCGACUUCAGCGCCCAUGGCAUGGCCUUCGUCGUCUCCCCGACAACCAACCUCUCCUCCUCCUUGCCGGCCAAGUACCUCGGCCUCACCAACGUCCAGAACGACGGCAACGCCAGCAACCACAUGCUCGCCGUCGAGCUCGACACCAUCCAGAGCGUCGAGUUCAGGGACAUCAACGCCAACCACGUCGGCGUCGACAUCAACGGCCUCCAGUCCGUCCGCGCCUACAACGCCGGCUACUACGACGACGUCUCCGGCGAGUUCAGGAGCUUGAAGCUGAUCAGCCGCCAGGCGAUGCAGGUCUGGGUGGACUACCAUGGCGGCGAGAAGAAGCAGCUCGACGUCACCAUGGCUCCUCUCAGAAUGGCCAGGCCUGUCAAGCCGCUGCUCUCGGUCACCCACGACCUCUCCACGGUGCUCGCCGACGUCGUCUACCUCGGCUUCUCGGCGGCGACCGGCCGCGUGAAUUCGCGCCACUGCGUUCUUGGCUGGAGCUUGGGGAUCAACGGACCAGCUCCCGCCAUUGACAUCGACAAGCUGCCCAAGCUUCCUCGUGCUGAACCCAAGCCAAGAUCCAGGGUCCUUGAAAUUGUUCUACCAAUUGUCACUGCAACGAUUGUGCUGGUUGUGGGUGGCGCCAUUGUUAUGGUGGUGAGGAGGAGAUCGAGGUACGCCGAGCUACGGGAAGAUUGGGAGGUUGAGUUUGGGCCGCAUCGAUUCUCGUACAAGGAAUUGUUCCGCGCAACCGAUGGAUUUGCGGAUAAGCAUCUACUCGGUUCAGGAGGAUUUGGAAAGGUGUACCGAGGAGUGCUUCCUAAAUCUAAAUUGGAGGUUGCCGUGAAGAAAGUGUCCCACGAAUCGAGACAAGGGAUGAAGGAGUUUGUUGCUGAGAUAGUUAGUAUUGGACGUAUUCGGCACCGUAAUCUUGUGCAGUUGCUCGGUUACUGUCGACGGAAGGGUGAGCUUCUUUUGGUGUAUGCGUAUAUACCAAAUGGUAGCCUCGAUAAAUAUCUGUAUAGCGAGGAGGAUAAGCCUAUACUGAGUUGGGCUCAAAGGUUCCGAAUCAUUAAAGGCAUCGCAUCUGGUUUGCUCUACUUGCACGAGAGGUGGGAAAAAGUGGUAGUGCACCGAGACAUCAAGGCAGGCAACAUACUCCUCGACAAGGACAUGAACGGACAGCUAGGUGACUUUGGCUUGGCAAGACUAUACGACCAUGGCACGGACUCACAAACCACACAUGUGGUUGGCACCAUGGGAUACCUAGCACCAGAGCUCAUUCGCACGGGCAAAGCAUCCCCUCUCACCGAUGUGUUCGCGUUCGGCGUGUUCCUCCUCGAGGUCACCUGUGGGCAGAAACCUAUCAAGGAGAAGAACCCUCAAGGUAGCCACAUAGCGCUGGUCGACUGGGUGCUCGAGCAUUGGCGCGACGGUUCACUCAUGGACACGGUGGACGGGAGGCUCCACGGCGAGUACGACGCCGGUGAAGCGGCGCUGGUGCUGAAGCUGGGCCUCCUGUGCUCGCACCCGUUCGCCGCGGCGAGGCCCGGGAUGGGGCAGGUCACCUGCUGCCUCGCCGGCGAGGCGCCGCUGCCUGAGCUGACGCCGGCGGACAUGGGCUUCGACGUGCUGGCCAUGAUGCAGGAUAAGGGAUUCGACACGUCCGUCGUGUCGUAUCCCGAUCUUAUGACGAGCUUUGGCACCAUCUCCAGCCUCUCAGGAGGAAGAUAACUCGGCUUUUUGUAUAUAAGUUUCAUACAAGUUCAUCGGUCACGACCAGCAGUUGUGGAUUAAAAUUUUUUGAACGUUUUUAGAUAAGCUAGAAUAAUUUUUGAACUAAUUUAGGCCAACUCUAGACUUGCAGUAUAGUAGACAGAGCAAUGAAAGCAGAGGACUCUGUUUUCCAUUGGUAUCAUCAAUGAAAGAUGCAGAGUCUCAUUUAGACUGAAGAAAAAAAUUGGAGUAGUCACCCUCUUUGCUGAAAUUAUAGACUGAAA